GAACAGAUGGAGCUGCUGCUGCUGUGAAGCUCCAUCAGGAAGCAGCAGAGUGUUCAAUAAAGGUGUGUGCGGCUGUAAAUGCACACUUACUGUCUGCUAGAUGAACAAUAACUCUUGCUUUACACGUAGCGAACAUCCAGCCUCGACAUUAGCAGCACUGAGUGUCAUCAGGAGGAAAAGUGCAGUUACCAAAGACUGUCAUGAUGGCACACGGGUCUCCUGAGGGCUGUUUGGAGUCAGAGCUCACCUGUCCCAUCUGUCUCCAUCUCCUCCUCGACCCGGUCACUCUUCCCUGUGCUCACAGUUUCUGCCUGGUUUGUCUGGAGACACCAGAGAGGGACAAAACUUCUGGAUUUGAUCAAGCACUUUGCUGCCCAGUUUGUGGACAGGAACAUCUCAGCCCAGAGUCCCUGCCGAGAAACAUCAAACUGAAACAGAUAGUAGAGAACUACAAAGCCAGCAGCAUCAGCGGUGAACUUCAGUCCAGUGCAGAAGACAAGCUAAUCAUUGACCGGCCAUCUCCAGAAGACGCUGAUGUGUGCAAAUCAACAGAUUCUGGGAAAAGCUCUCUGGUGGACGCUGAAACCAAUGAACGGAGGUCUAGACUGAAUCCCGUCAUAACUAGUCUUCAAGAAAAGCUGGCUCUAGUAGAUGAUCUGGCGAGUAAGGAAAAGGCCAGAGAGGCUGCGGUUAAAGCAGCACACGCGGAUCUGAGGAAAGAUGUGAGCAGCGUAUUGGAGGAGAUCGCAGAGCUGGUGAAGACCUACAGCACGACUGCUUUGAAGCUUCUGGAGGCCGAGUUGAGACCCAGAGAAGAUGCUGUUGGGAAAAGAGUGCGAAUGCUGUCAGACCUCCAGAAGCAGCUGAGAACGGCCGAACUUCAAGUCAACACGUUAAUGGACGAGGCGGAUGACGCGUGUCUUAGUGACGUGGAGAACCAGGUCUCCAGCUUGACCCUGGAGCCUUUGCAGGACUCCUCCAGCGAUCUGGAGUUAUCCAGCAGUUUGAAGAAAGUCUGUGAGAAGAUCGAGCACCAAAAUACCCAACUCCGUCUCGGACUCGGAUCCGCUCUCACAUAUGUGUCCUUAUUGCUAUUAUAUGUUUGA